GCACUGGUCAGCACGGAGCUCAUGAGCCAUAAGGCGUGGGCAUUAACGGGUUUUCUGCUCGCGGCCGUGGUCCAGGGAUCGGACUUCGGAGGCUCGCUGCUGUGCCCUCGUGCUGGUCUGCUGGAUUUGGCACUCCCUCCCCUCAUCCCCUGCCGUUCUUGGCCACCAGCGUCCUGUAGACCACGGCGCCGCCUCCUCCCCCUCCCUGUUCUCCGAAAUCCAGCAGCCGAAUCACCGUCUCCUCUCUCUCUCUCUCUCUCUCUCUCUCUCUCUCUCUCUCCCCGGCUCUCCCCCGCCCUGUGGGCUCUGGCCUGUUGGGGUGCCCUGACAUGGAGGUCCCCGCGCCUGAUCCCGCGAGGAAGCGGAAGGACAGGGACGCCGCGUCCCCACCCGAGCCUGAUGCCGCCGGUCCAGGCGGCGACGGCGCCAACUUGCUCCUGGCGGGGCUCCUCGCGCACGAGUUCCUCUCGUCCGGCACGGUCCUCGGCGAGCGGCGCGGGCCGCCCGGGCCGGAGGCGGCGAGGGCGACGGGCGGGGCCGCGCGGUACGAGGCCGUGGCCGCGCUGGUGCUGCGCGGCGGGGCCCGCGUGCCGGGGGUGGUGAACCCCGCGCAGCUCGCCGCGUGGGCCGGGAGGUGAGCGGUGAGCCAGCCCCGACCCCCGAGGAGGCGGAGGCGGCGCGCUGGCUGCGGGGGGCCACGUGGCGCGUGGAGAUCGGGGGAAGAAGCAGCAGCAGGAGCGUGUCUUCCUCGACCACCUCCUUUUUGGACCCCCGUUCCUCCGGCGGCAUCUUGUUGCGAGCAGGAGCAGUGCUCAUCUGCUCAUGUGCUAGUGGAGUACUUAGCGACUUUGUUAUUCGUGACAUUAUUGUACGUACUUGUAACUUGCUACUCGUUUGUACUAGUUUGCUCCUGUAAUCUGCUUUGUUUUUGUGGUAGUAUGAUCGACCACUUCUGCAGA